AGAGCAAGAGCCAGCAUCUAUAGGGAGCAGAACAUCCCGUGCCUGUUAUCAAGAUCAUUUUCUUUGGAUUAUGGAGCAAAGAAACUUCUUUUCCAUGCAAAUGGUUGACAGUGAGAACUGUCCUCCAUGUCAGCCAUCAGCUGCAUGGCCUGUGGCCCUUCAAGAACAGGGACUCAAGAAGAAACUGGGCUGGCUGAAAGUCUGCCACGCUCUGACUGUCAUCAUGUUUUUUCUCAUUCUGGCUGGCCUACUGUCUGGCAUAUGUUAUUUACACCGACUCCAACGAGAAGUUGAGCAAGUGAAGCAGAUGAUCGAUGCCCACCCACAGAAUAGUGCCCAGAAGCAAAUUGGAGCUGAGGACAUGACCAAACCAAAGCAAGUGGUUAAAAUGGCUGCUCAUCUAACAGGAAAAACAUCAUCUAAUCAUUCCAAUAGAUUGAUGUGGGAGACGUCCCUGGGCCAUGCCUUUACAGAUGGGAUUAUAUACAAGGAUGGAGCGCUGAUCAUUAAUGAAACUGGAAAGUACUUUAUUUACACAAAAAUCUUUUUCCGUGGAACGCAAUGUGAGGCUGUCCCACUGUCCCAGUCUGUAAUCACGCGUAGUAUUAAUUACCAGAAUGAUCUGAGCUUGAUGGAAAACAUCCUGCUAAACUAUUGCAGUGGCACUGGACCGUGGGUGAAAAAUAUCUUUCAGGCUGGAGUAUUUCAUCUGAAUCACGGAGUACAGCUAUUUGUCAGUGUGUCCCAUGCAAAAAUGGUUAGUACUGACGAAUUAAUGACUUUCUUUGGACUCUAUAAGCUUUAAGCCAUACUUGUAAUAUCCAAAUGACCUCUGAACACACCAACGACCUUUGAACUUCAAGCCAUGUGACACAGGGAAGCUCAAAUGUUUGAUGAAUCUUUGGCCAUUUGUUUUUCUUGCACGCUUUUAAGAAAUUUCUGAAACAGCAUAGUAUUUGAAGUUUAAGAAGUCUAUGUAAGAUUAAAAAAAACCUAGCAAUUGAAAUGUGAACUGCACGCAAUUAUAAUAUUUAGUUCCAAUUUUCAUUCCUUCUGACUUAAGUUGAGGUACAGUUCAAUGGAUGUGAAUAGCCUUCCAGUGCCUUAUAUAAGUGAUUAUUUUUCACGUGUGAGGCUAAAUAGUGUGUACUAUGGAACUAUUUUUCUUCAGAAGUGAGGAGCAUCAUCUUUGAAUCCCUUCACCUGACGUUCAUAUCCCACCUCGACUCAAUAACCCUUAAAGCUUUUGCCUAACAGAAAUCUAUCAAUUGCAGUGUUGAAAUUGUCGUCUUUAUGUGGGAGAGAUUACCUUUUGUGCUUUCUGAUUUCAGCCCUGAAUGACCCGAUUCUAAAUUUAAGGUUAAGCCCUCUUGUUCUGGUCAGUCCGACACAGAAGAAACAGCAUCUCUCUACCCUGUUGAACUAUCUAAUCUUCUUAAAAAUUACUGUUAUGCCACCACAUGCUCUUGGGAUACACAACUGACCUGUUAAUUUAACCCCUUUACCCUUAAUAUCAUUCUGGAGAUUCUCCAGUGCCUGCAAUCCAAUGCCAAUAUCCUUCCUGAGGUGUGGUGCCCAGAAAUGAUGAGGCACUUAAUCAGAACAUAAUGUCCACUCCUUGUACUGUAACUCCCUUUAGAUAAUUCUGUGAUGAUUUAUAAUUACAUUCCAUAUUGGCCCGUCAGCUUUGGAUAUGUGGGCCUUUAAUUGUAUCCGUUCUUUCACUGUUCCCACCUUUUCACAAAGUGCUUCAUAGAUGAUCAAAUGGACUGAGUAAUGUAAACAUGGACACUCACUUUGUCACAUGUGGAUGAGGAGCACUAACUCCUGUGAAAUUUAGGAGUUUACACCGUGAUGGGAUUGCCUCAGAAUAGUGUACAGUCAAUCUCAUUAUCACAAGUGCAGUUUUUUGAUUUCUGUUUAAUACUUCUGACAAUGCUGGGGAGUGACGUCCAUAAUGUUGACUCAGGGGGUGUGGAUACACCCUGAUUUAGUGCUGGCUUUAGGGCGGAUGGCUCUUAUCAGGCUGGGGUAGACACAAUAGGCCAAUGGCCCCCCUUUCCUACUGCAAAUGCCAAUAGUAUUUCUGUAAUUUGAUGGUGGGAAAUGUCACAAAUUCAAGAUCAGUUUUGAAAUCUUCACAAAAACAGCUGAAGCAGGAAUUCAUCACUUUAUAUAUAACAUGUCACGCCUUCUUAAAGAUUUAAUUUGAAAUAGGUUUAUGAAAUCCAACCACUUUCCCCUCUUUUUCUUCAGUAAAGGACUUUGAAGGCUUUCCAAUUUUUCUACUCUGCUGUGAGAUGUGGCACCAUGGCAAUGUCUCUAUCCUUGCCCUCAGCAGUUGAAAUUCACUCAGAGCCUAUCCAUGUAUGCUUCACUCAUGAGGUGGCAUUGCUCAAUGCAUCAGUACGCUGCACCAUUGCAUUGUCUGUAUCGACAUUUAAGGUACCACAAGGUACCACACAUCAGAUUUUGCCUAAAUGCACCCUGUGUGAACCAGGUAAUGAUGUUUUUCAACACGAACCACCACUCCACACAAGUGAAUGUCGAGAUGGAGUUGGGGGCUGAUUUUCCUACUGCUUUUUAAGUGUAGCAAAUUUAACCAUUUUGUAUAUGUUGGUUAAGCGUUAAAGGAAAGAUUUCAAUUUUAUUUUUACUUUAUUCUUCAUGUUACUGUUGCAAAAAAGGUUCAGAAUCAAGUUCAUGUAAUGCUUUCAAAUCAUUUUAUAAUUGGAAAAAUUGCUUAUAUGUUGUUUCAAAUAAAGCUUUAAUGAUUACA